UUUUUUGCAGCAUCACAUAAAAGUUCUCCCCUCUUCUAAACUUGGAUUACUAAAGAUUAACCAACUUUUUUUUUUCUGAAACAUCUGAAGUAAGAAAAAAAGUUGAGCCAUGGCUUCCAUCACUAUGACAGCCUCAUUCCUCGGCACCACCGUGUCGAAACAGCCACCCACCCACCACCUCCGCCGUGGUGUAGUGAUGGCCAAGGCGAUGCCAGAAACCACCACCACCACCAAGGAAGAAACCAGUUCAAAGAGAAGGGAUUUGGUGUUUGCCGUUGCAGCUGCCGCGGCGUGCUCCGUAGCAAGAAUUGCCAUGGCAGAAGAGCCUAAACGAGGAACACCAGAAGCUAAGAAGAAGUAUGCACCAGUUUGCGUCACUAUGCCGUCAGCAAGGAUCUGUUACAAGUGAGAACUUUUGAUAUUGUUAUCAGUAGCAGAAGUUUUAACUAUGUCGAUAUUAUUACAAUUGUAAUCUUCAUGCAAAACUUAUUAUGCUACCUUAAUGCAUUGUUCAUUUUUCGCCAAAA